AGCUGUCAUAGUGACUAUGUUUGACAGUACAUUUUGCUCUUAGGAGGAUAGUUGUUGUCAUGGUUACCAAGUCAGACCAUGGUUAGAUCUACAAUAUCAAGCACUUCAUCAAGAAAUGUCAUUGAUCAGAAAAACGUGGUAUUUUUCACGAUAAAAACAGACAAUGUGCGAGUGUCUGCCGAUGCCGUGUGCCGAAUAACGGGAACAAAGAAUGGAUCAUGCAAGAUUGUAGCAGCAACCUUGUCGGGGAGCGGAGAGUACCUAGUAUCACUAACAACAUCUGGAGCACUCCUUGACAAGAUCAGAAAACUGGUGAUAUCAGAAUCUCACGUGCUCAGUAACCUUAACGUUACUUCUGUACAGAUACAAGAAAAUGAUCCUGUUGCACUACAAAAACUGAUUAAAGAUAACACUCCUAAAAGGAGUUUCUGGAAGGGUCGCUCCAGUAAAUUAGAAAUCACAAUGGUUGACACAGAAACAACACCAGUUCCAGAAGUUGCUGAAACUACCAAAGCCCAGGUUGAAGAACCAGUUGCUGAACCUGUAGUUAAUGGGGAUCACGUUGAAUCAGAAGAGGAGAAGUUAUCUGAAUCUGAAGAGAAAGAUAGUGCUGUGAAGGAGAGCGUGCCCGUUGAAGAAGCAGCCCCCGCAGAAGAAGCCGCUCCAGUAGAAGAAGCCGCUCCAGUAGAAGAAGCCGCUCCAGUAGAAGAAGCCGCUCCAGUAGAAGAAGCGGCACCUGUAGAAGAAGCCGCUCCAGUAGAAGAAGCAGCUCCAGUAGAAGAAGUAGCACCUGUAGAAGAAGCCGCUCCAGUAGAAGAAGCAACUCCCGCUGUUGUGGAAGAAACGCCAUCACCAGUGGAAGAGCCUGAAAUUGCAUCUAAAGAAGAAGAUCCAGUUCCUGAAGAACCGGCAUCCGCAGAAGAACCUGUAGUAGAAGAACCUGCAGUAGAAGAACCUGUAGUUGACGAACCCGCAGUCACUAAAGAACCUGCAGCCAUUGUAGAACCUGCAGCCGUCGAGGAACCUGCAGCUGUUGAAGAAACUGCAGCUGUUGAAGAACCUGCAGCUGUUGAGGAACCUGCAGCCGUCGAGGCACCUGCAGCUGUCGAGGAACCCGCAGCCGUCGAAGAACCAGCAGCCGUUGAGAAACCUGCAGCUGUCGAGGAACCUGCAGCUGUUGAGGCACCUGCAGCCGUCGAGGAACCUGCAGCUGUUGAAGAACCUGCAGCCGUCGAAGAACCAGCAGCUGUUGAAGAACCUGCAGCUGUUGAAGAACCUGCAGCUGUUGAAGAACCGGCAGCUGUUGAAGAACCUGCAGCUGUUGAAGAACCGGCAGCCGUUGAAGAACCGGCAGCCGUUGUAGAACCUGCAACUGUUGAGGAACCUGCAGCUGUUGAGGAACCUGCAGCCGUCGAGGAACCAGCAGCCGUUGAGGAACCUGCAGCUGUCGAGGAACCCGCAGCCGUUGAGGAACCAGCAGCCGUCGAAGAACCUGCAGCUGUUGAAAAACCGGCAGCCGUUGAAGAACCUGCAGCUGUUGAGGAACCUGCAGCCGUUGAAGAACCUGCAGCCGUUGAAGAACCUGCAGCCGUUGAAGAACCUGCAGCCGUUGAAGAACCUGCAGCCGUUGAAGAACCUGCAGCCGUUGAAGAACCUGCAGCCGUCGAGGAACCCGCAGCUGUCGAGGAAGAUGCAGCUGUCCAAGAACCUGCAGCCGUUGAAGAACCGGUAGAUGCCUCCGUAGCAGCAGAAGUGGCUGCAGCUGCCGCCAUAGUCGAGGAGGCGUUCAACAAGGAGGAGUCUCUGGAAGCCCCGGCAGAAGAAGCUGCACCUGAUGCUGCACCCUGCUGCUGAAGAGGCACCUGCUGAGGUAGCUGCCGAGGAAGAAACACCCAAAGAAGAAGAAAAGAAGCCAGAGUGUGAAACUCCUUCAAAAAAGAAGGGUCUUAUGUCCAAGCUGGGUCUGAAGUUCCCGAAGAAGAGAAGAAGGAAGUAGCUGCGGAGGAAGAGAAACCAGCCGAAGAGGAGGCAGCCGUUGAGGAGGAGGC